CGUGGCGUCGCGCUUUUCAAACGGUAGAUUCUCAGUGCCAGAAAAAAAAAGAAACGCAAAAACGCUUUUGUGGUUUUUCGUGAAUUAAUUUCGCUUGUUUAAAUGUUUAAUGCACGUGCUAUGGAUGUGGGCCCUUCGGCCAACGAUGACCAGCAAUUGUUUCGCAAUUUGAUGGAGGUGCAGCAGGAAUUGUCCUGCCUGCUGGAGUCCAAUGAAAAUCUCGCAGAGUCGCGUGCUGCUGCUUCUUUGGAGCUCCAGGACUCCGACAAUGACGUGAGCAGCUCGACGUCGGGCGUUCUGUCGGAGAUCCAACACAACUUCCGUGUGCUCCGACUGGACAACAGUGCACCACGCUUCGAAUUCCACGGUUGGGGAUGCUUGCAACAGCUCCAGAAGCGUUCCCGCCAGUUUGGAUACUGCGGUGCUCCGGCCAAGAAGUCCCGAUCUGGAGAAGCCGCCUGUUUCAUGGUCACCGGCCCCAAGCAGGAGCAGCUGCAGAAGGAGAAUGUGUGGAACCAGCAGCGCCACGAGGAGGUGAAUAGCUCGCCCAUGUCCGUUGCGAGCCUGCGUUCGAUUGGUCUCCACGGCGAUUGCCUGGAGCACAAUCCCGUGCUGCGCGUGAUGGAUCUGUUCAGGUCCCUGCAUGAUCACCUGACCGCCGACUUGGGCUUUUCGCGCCAAAACUCGAUGCCCUCCGAUUACCUGUUCGAUGCGCCCUUCAAGAACUCUAUGCCCAAGAGCCUCAAUGUGCGCUACCAACUGCAGGUGCUGUGCUCCAAAACGGACCGGUUCCUGAUCAAACAGCGUCGCAUCCUGGAGACAAAUCGCAGCUUCGACUACGAGAAGUACAGCGAGUGCGACAAGUUGAUCAAGGGAUCGACCUCCUAUUUGCAGUCAUUCAACCAAUUCAUGAACGUCGAAAUGCGCCAUCGAAACGGAAACUUUAUCACCCAAUCGGCCAAGUUCAAUGUGCAGCGCUUGGAGAGCUUGCUGAUCGGUCUGCGCGAGUGGCUGAAGGCCACGCAUCUCAGUGUGCACGUGUUCAACUGGGAAAUGGACCUGGAGCACCGCUACUCGGCGGCCAUGACCGAGAGCCACAAGUCCUUGCAGGAGCGAGCCAUCCUUUUGGCUGGUGCCGAGCUGCAGGCGGCCAAGCCACGGGGCAUCACUGUCGAGGAGCUGUACAUCGCCAAGAGGUAUAAGCUGGAGAGGGUGAUGACCUGUGCCAUCGAGCAGGACGAGUUCCUCACCGCUCUGCUCGCCCAUCCGGAGACCUACUUCCCGCCCCAAGUUGUGGCCAUUUGCGGACCACCCAAAGUCGUUGUGGACAUGGAAGAUUCUGAGGAGGUGGAGGAAUAUGAAGACGACGCGCCAUCAUCCCCGCCGCGAAGCAACGAUCGUACAUUUUUCCGCUUUAGAAGCUAAACUGGAUCUGUAAGGAUCGACAAAAGUAACGCAUCAAAUGGGCAAUUUAAGAAAUUACCUAUUUCAGAGGUAUCUAUUCUUAUUUUGUACCUUACCUUAUCAAUUACUCACUCAAAAGCAAAAACGACAUUAAUAUUUUAAUAUUUAUUUGACCAAGUCGAAAAAGAUUUGUCAAUCAAAUUGGAUGCCAUUGUAGGUUUAAGAAUUUAUUUUACACUUUUAUUAAGUAGCAAAAUCCAAACGAAAAUGAUUUGUUAUUUAUCUUUCAAAAUUGGCUACAAAUAUGUACCGACUUGUACUUAAAUAAUAAGCUUUUGUGCAACUUAAAAAAGCCGAAAUUAAAACAAAAACCAAUUCCUAAUAAUAUUUUUACAUUUAUUUGUCCAAGUCAAAAAUGAGGCUUGCUUUCUUUUAUAUAACACUUUAUUUUAUUUGUAAUAUAGUAAGAAGAAAAUAACCGAGUGCCUGAAUUUAUUUUGCAUCUAAAUUUAAUUUGUAAGAGGAACCUACCAGCGAAUUGUUUGCUUUGCAUUUGUAUUUUGAAAGCCAAAUAAAUAUUCACAUAUCUGCUUUAACUAA